AUGGACCUUGGAGGACAAGGACAGGACAUGCAGACAGUUGGCAAUGAGGAUGCAAAAGUGCACGAAAGACAUGGUCUCUACACCAAAUCCCUCCAUACAAUAUUGUUGGGUGUGGUGAAGUACUUUUGGGGUCAGAGCAUAUUUCUCCUGAAGAAAUCAAAGCUCCUGCACAUCUUUCAGAGCUGCCUCGAGUCUGUCAACAAAAAUGGACUGAAUGUACCCUCUCUGAAUGCUGACUAUAUAUGUCACUAUAAAGGCAGUUUAAUAAGCAAAUAUUUCAAGAGCCUGGCCCAAGUUAUGCCCUUCCUGGUGUAUGACCUCAUCCCUCAGACAGUUGUCAAUGGAUGGUCCAUUAUCAGAGAACUUGUCACACUUGUUUGGCACACGACAAUACCAGAUACUGAAGAAUACCUUGCAAAGUUAUCCCAAAUGAUCAAGGACUUUCUUAAUAUCACAGCACAAUGUGCUCUGAGCAUUCUCAUCAGCAAGCCCAAGUUUCACUUAAUUCAUCUUCCAGUAUUCAUAUAUCAUUUCAGACCUGCAAUCAUAUUCUCCACCAAGAGAUAUGAAUCAUUUAAUCACAUUUUCUGA